AUGAACGAUCUUAGCGUUGAAGUGGGACAUCCCAAUGGUGCCUACUAUAAAGCAUACGUACAUGAUGUGGAUGCAACCGGUAUUGAUGUCAAAUAUGAUCAAGAUUUUUUCCCUCCAUCAAAAAUUCCCUUCUCCGAGAAUCGUAUUCGACUUCCGCCUGAAUCAAGUGAUCUUAAGAAAUUAUCACCUGGCGAUCCGUGCGAAGUACUUUCAAAAGCAAAAGAAGAUGAACCAUUGGGCUGGUGGCCAGCUACUGCUAAAAUGUUCAAAGGCGAUUUUUUUGUUGUUGAUUAUAAAGUUAGUGCUCAAGGCGCCAGUUAUUCGGAUAUUGUACCUAGCGAUAAAAUCCGCUGUCCAAACACAAAUCCACCGAUAAAUUAUUCAAUGUUUAAACGAAUAGAAUUACCUGUUCCUAAAGAGAGUCAAGAAGCUUGUAAUAAUCCAGCUAAUCACAAAGAUUUCAAACGAACAACAGGUGCUGCUGUUGUUCGAUAUGACAAAGCUAAUGAAUGUCUUGUUGUUCUUUCUGACAAUGAUAGUACACUUCGCCGUGCUCAAAUAUUAUCUGAAAUGCAUUUUCGAAAUUUACGAUCAAAAGCAAAACUUGUACAAGAAACUGAAAAAGUUUCUAAACAACUUGAACGAAUAAAGGUUAAUCAAACAUCAAAAUUUUUUGAAAAAUUUACUGUUAAAACUGAGUUAAUGGGUCUUGCCAUUGGUUCUCAUGGAUCAAAUAUAUUAAAAGCACGUGAGGUACCUGGUAUUACAGCAAUUGAAGUCGAAGAUGAUACUUGUACGAUUAAAGUAUUUGGUGAUACUGAAAAAGCUGUUAAAGAAGCACGUAAUAUACUUGAAUAUACUGAAGAUGUUGUUUCAAUACCAAGAGAACUUAUAGGCAAAGUUAUUGGUAAAAAAGGCCAUAUUAUUCAAGAAAUAGUUGAUAAAAGCGGUGUUAUUCGUGUAAAAAUUGAAGGAGAUAACGACCAAGCAGCACCACGCGACGAAAGUAGCUAUCCUAGUCAAGUUCCGUUUAUAUUUGUUGGUACAACAGAAAGUAUCGCAAAUGCUAAAGUUUUACUUGAUUAUCAUUUGGCUUGUUUAAAAGAAUUCGACGAAUUACAAGAGAAAAAAACUCAAGUUAAUGAACAAUUUCGUACUAUUAUUGGACCACAACAAGGAGCCGGAAUGAAUAUGGUUGCUGGAAUGGGUUAUCAAAGCGGACGACAACAACGUUAUGAAUCUGAUCGAAUGAGUAAUUCUGGUAGUACACGAAAUUAUCGUGAAUCAGGUUAUCAACAACAACAAUAUCCUUCGCAACAACGUGGUGGUGGUGGUGAUAAUUAUAAUAAUCAAUCACUACGUCGAUCUAAUUUCUCUGGUGGUAGUCGAGGACGACGAGGUGCUGGUGGUAAUUUAUAUCGAGGUGGUACACAAAGUGAUGCUGGCACUGGUGAUGAAGCCAGCGAGUGUGGUGAUGCAGCAUCAUCGACGGUUAGUACCAGCCGAAAACAUCGCGACUGGGCGGCACAGGUCGAGAGCGAACAACAACAAGAGGCUGGCUAUAGUACUGAUAGUAUGAUACAUUCAGCUACGCUGCCGAGGGGUGCUGGUGGACGAGGUGGUCGACGCGGCUGGAGACGUGGUCGACCACCAUUACCAGACCGUCAAGGUUAUAAUGAUCGUCGUCGAAAUAAUGAUAAUGAAAAUACUACAUUUGAUACGCAAGAUAAUAAUGAAGGACAACAACAGUAUAAUGAUCAGUAUGCAUCACAACGUUAUCGUUAUGGUAGUACACGUAAUAGUCGAGGCGGUGGGGCUAAUAAUAACUAUCGAUAUAAUAAUAAUAAUAAUAACAAUAUAAACAACAACACAAAUGAAUAUUAUGAAGAGAAUUACGGUAUUGGUGGACAAUCGCAACAAAUAUCAACAAAAAAGCCUCAACAAACAUCAUCAAAUAAUGGAGUCGAUUCAAAUGAUAUUAUACCAUCAGAAACGAUAAAUGGUAGUGGACCAAAAGGUCAACGACCGCCAAAACAGCAAAGUAAUGGUGUCAAAUAA